CGGGCUCGCGCACGAAAAUCCAUUUACACUCCGGUAGUAGAGCGACAGAGAGAGAGAGAGAGAGAGAGAGAGAGGGCCCUGAUAUCUGAGCAUCGAGUCGCUUCACUCCGUCUAUCAAACAAUCCGCUCGGUUAAAGCCCCGCAGACUGACCGUGUUACACCGAGCAGAGAGCGGCGGUGGUCUCCACGGUAACACACUCUGACGUUAGAGAGGAGCGGUUAGAGAGGAAGAAUGGCGGAUUCAUGCAGCACCGCAGCGGUCGGGGCCGCGGGCUCACACGGCGCUGCUGCUGCUGCCGGGGCCGGGGCGGCGGCGACGGGCUCCACGGUGGCGCAGGACGGAGCUCCUCCAGCUGCACCGGGGACCAAGGUCCCGUCCGAGUCCGUGAAGGGCCAGAUUUUUGACGUGGGCCCCCGCUACACCAACCUGUCCUACAUCGGCGAAGGGGCGUACGGGAUGGUCUGCUCUGCAAUGGACAACGUGAAUAGCUCGCGCGUAGCCAUCAAGAAAAUCAGCCCAUUCGAGCACCAGACGUACUGCCAGCGCACACUGAGGGAAAUCAAGAUCCUGCUGCGUUUCCACCAUGAGAAUAUCAUCGGCAUCAACGACAUUCUCAGGGCACGGCAACUUGACAACAUGAGGGAUGUCUACAUUGUGCAGACUCUGAUGGAGACGGACCUGUACAAGCUGCUGAAGAGCCAGAGGCUGAGCAACGACCACGUCUGCUAUUUCCUCUACCAGAUCCUGCGAGGCCUCAAGUACAUCCACUCAGCCAACGUGUUGCACCGUGACCUCAAGCCCUCCAACCUGCUCAUCAACACCACCUGCGACCUCAAGAUCUGUGACUUUGGCCUGGCACGGAUAGCCGACCCCGAGCACGACCACACAGGUUUCCUGACCGAGUACGUGGCUACACGUUGGUACAGGGCUCCAGAAAUCAUGCUCAACUCAAAGGGCUACUCCAAGUCCAUUGACAUCUGGUCAGUGGGCUGCAUCCUGGCUGAGAUGUUGUCCAACAGGCCUAUCUUCCCUGGGAAACACUACUUGGACCAGCUCAACCACAUACUGGGCGUCCUCGGCUCUCCGUCUCAAGAUGAUCUGAACUGCAUUAUCAACAUGAAGGCGAGGAACUACCUGCAGUCCCUGCCUCAUAAACCCAGGAUCCCCUGGGAGACUCUCUACAAGGCGGACUCUAAAGCUCUGGACCUGCUGGGCCGCAUGUUGACCUUUAACCCCGUGAAGCGCAUCAGCGUCGAGGACGCGCUGGCUCAUCCUUACCUGGAGCAGUACUACGAUCCCACAGAUGAGCCGGUAGCAGAGGAGCCCUUCACUUUCUCCAUGGAGCUUGACGACCUUCCCAAGGAAAAGCUGAAGGAACUGAUCUACGAGGAAACUGCUCGUUUCCAGGAAACCUACCAGGGAUCCUGAGACACACAGCCCGAAAGAGUGGCAAAGCCACACAGAGGCUCGGAACAAGAAGACCCAAAAACGACAUGCUAAAACAAAAAGAAAAAUGCAUCUUCAAGAAACCAACAAAAAGAGAAAACAAGAAAUGAACAUUUAACUGCUUAUCUUUCCAUUUCUACUGCAAGAGAGCUAAGUUUAUCUUUGAUUUCUGUGGUUGGGUGGGGUGGUAGGGUCUGUCGUACUCAUACUGUUUCAGUUUUGUCCAUGUUGGACUCUUCCCUCCUCUCACCUCACAUUUUUGAUUUCCCGUUAAAAGUCCCGCCUCAUCCUGUCCCAUCUCCAGUAACUCACUGUCCCCCCUCCUGUCCCCGAUCAAACCCUGUUUCUCCUCUCCUGCACCUGUUGCUGAUCUAUCUGAGCUCUCUCUCUGUCGCUCCCUCUCAUAUAAACUACCGUAUUAACCAACCACCAUAACUCUCUUGUCUUGCUCCAUGUAAAUUUACAACCUGGAAAAAAAACCUGGGCUAAAAGAACGGGGAUGCUAAUCGGGUGUAUGUAUAUACAAAAAAUAUAAAAGCUUCUUUUUUUUCUUUUUAAGUGUGCUCGUCGCAGUUUUUGUUCGUACACCGUUGUUCGAGUGUUUUCGGAUCAGUUCAGAGUCGUAUCUAUGUUUUUGGGGUUUAUAUUUGCAUUUACACUUGAUUUUGAGACAAACAUUCAAUGUUUUUACAGGCAUGUUGGCAGGUUUCUAGAUUUCUUUGUUGUCGCUCUUCUUUUCUUAAAAAAAAAACAAAAACAACUGUGUAUGAUGUUCAUAUGAAUGCAUGCAUUCCUGAAAUUAACCAAAGUGGCAGAGAGAUGCAGGAAACUUGGCUUGGGGAGCGACUAAGGAAUACCUAUUGUAGUUUUUGAAUCGUACCUUAAACACAUCUUAUUGACCUAUAACUCGUACCAAGGGCAGACAAACUUAACUAGUUUGUGGAAAAGUUGGUUAUAUUCAGGAGGCGCUACAUGAUUGGAACAAGAAUAGAAAUUAAACAGCAUAAAAUAUAGUUUCUAUAAUUGCGUGUUCAUUCAGAUGAUAACCACGCCCCAUUUUCCAGAACAUGCACGGUCCCCUAUGCCACGUCUGAUGAUCAGGAACUACCUGACUUAAGUUUUCUUUUCCAAAAUAUCAGAAUACUGACGUGAGACGCUGGUAUAACGUUACUGUACUGUAUCAACGACGUCCCUACAACAAACAUCUAAUAGCUGAUCCAGUGUCAGUAUUCUAUUCCUAUAUUAAAUUACAUUUAUUUUACAAAUACAUAGCAGCUGAGUGGUGAACAUCACUGAAGCCUUCUGUCGUUCCUCAGCUCCUCAGGAUCCUAAAUUUCCCUGAAUCCUCCAUUUCCAAAGCAACGUCUGGGGACACGCACAGUUUUCUGGAAAAUGGGGCCUGGUUGACGUCAGCCUUUCCAUCUCACCGUGCUGUUUUAUUGUACUGCGUACCUUAUCUGAUACCGUUUGACCCAGGACGACUGUAUGGAGUCAAACGUGUACGCAGGCUGGGGCCUAACGCCGAAUUCCCACCAGAGCAACGGCAAAGCGCGUCCUGUGGCAAGCUGCCAUGCGGCCGUUUGAUCCUGCGGUGAAGUGCGGCCAUACAAAAGUUCAACUUUUAGCAGUGAAGUGCAACCAGAGAGUACCCGUAGCCAGUCAGUAAACAGAUCCUCUGACAUGUUGGCCUAGAAUUUCUUCCCGCCUGAAACAUGAAUCGACUUCCCCGGCCGUAGAAAAAUUUAAUUCUUGCGUUGAGCCGCACUUCGCCGUUGCCUGGUGUGAAUUCGGCGUAACUGAAAUCUAAACAAAUUCCUGUAUUCAAAGUGGCCAUACUUGAAUGCGGUCUAGAGAAGGGCACUUUAGCUCUGGGCUCAUUGAUGUGUGUUGAAUGUAAAUGGCCUGAAUUUCUGGAGUCUGUCACCGCAGCUUUAAGCGUUCGCCAGUUGUGAACUUUUUUUACAAAAGAACGGCGCCUCUUUUACGACUACUGAGAAAACUGUUCACGCAGCGUUCACGUCAUGUAGGAUGGACGGAUGGAAAGAUGUCGGAGCUUUCAGAAAAAGCCGUAACUACGACUUUGACUAUUAGUCAAACCCAGGAAUGUCAGAGUGCUGUACAGUUAUUCCUGCUCAGUGCACAGCCAAGCGACCAUCCUCACUUCGUGGUUGUACAGUGUAUAAACCCUCUGCCUGUUUUCUUUUUUGCGCUCCUGUUCCCUCGCCCCCUUCUUCGCCUGUGUGUGUGUGUGUUUUCCUGGAUGUUUAUUCUUCAAUGUGGGUGAUUUUAACGCUAUUCUCAGAUCAUGUUUCUCUGAGUAUGUGUGUGUGUGCAUGUGUAUUAAGUUCAUUGUUCCUGUCGGUGGCUGCUGCUCCCUCCUCUCUUUGUUCUGGAUGUGACUGUACUAACGUCUGAUUGGUGGAGCACCACCACCUCAGUCUGCACUAAUUUCUGCCUGUUGCACUGGGACCAGUAGAGAAGCCCCCCCCCCCCCUCCAAAAUGGACCAACACAUGCACUGGAUCCUCUCUCUAUCUCUCUCUCAGGGCAGGCCUGUGAUGUUAGUAGACUCGCCGGCCUCGCCCUCUCGCAGCAAAAAUCAUUGAUUAGUUUUUUUAACGGGCUCGCGUCUGUUUUUCUCAGAAGCCAUAGCCAGCACUCUGGGAUCGGUGUGAGGCUUUUUGGUGCAUGUGGUGAUACUCAUCCUUUUGUUCAACCUCCCCGACUCUCACCACGCUUUACUCAAAGGGCUGCCUCCCCUCUUUCCUCCUCCUCCUCCUCUUCCUUCCCGUUCUGUCUGCUUCUCCACAGUGGGAUUGGUGAAGACCCUCUUAACUCAUAUCACUGACUUUGCUGCCGCUUUCCCUCCUCCUCCUCCUCCAGAGAAUCAUUGCCCCAGUCACAUGGAUGGUCAUACAUGCAGGAAACUCGCAUAACUCAAUCAGCACGCCUGCACUUUGUCUUUCCAGCCACGCUCUUUCUCUCUUCUCUGAGGUUGUUUUUGUCUCGUUAUCAGCUUUAAGUUUCGCCUGCUGCUGCUGUGUGUGUUAAAGCUCAUGGACCGUCUGCAGUGAUUUAAGUGUUUGUGUAUCUGCUCAUCAGUAACAUAAAGCCAAGACUCUUUUUGUCCUGUGUGUGUGUGUGUGUGUGUGUGUUUUGGGCCCUCUCCCUGCAGUUACCUGUGCUUUUUACAGCUUUACUUUCUCCUUUUUGAUCAACACAAAAGCAGAUAUUUUGUCUGUAUUUCAUAUGUAUAUUUGGUCACCAGUCAACCAGGCCCUGCUUGCGUUUUUUUCUUCUCUCCAACCGACCUGCCACCAGACCAAACAUCUCACUGGGUAACCAUGGGAACGAACCAAGAGGACCACAUUUUUUGCAAAUCCUCCUGACACACUCACACACACACUUCCUCUCUCUUUCUGAGGAGUGCAUCUGUGUGUUUGUGAAAAGUUGCACUUAAACACACCAUAUACAUUCACACAGUAUCGACGAGUCUAAAGGCCUGUCCGUCGCGAGGCCUGUUUCCGGAUAUUGUUGUUUUUAAAUGGCUGUUCUUAUUAUUGCUAUUGUUGUUAUAUUGGUGAGUUGUUGUAUUUUCUUUUUCUUUUUUCUUUUUUCUUUUUUUUACAUAAAAAGGGAGUUAAAGUUGUAUCAUUUUUUAAAAUAAUUAGGAUGUUUUUAUUUGUAUUUUUUUUCUUCCUUAUUUCUCUUAUGGGCGUGAUUAUUAUUGGCAGUGUUUUCAAUCUUUCUGAAACCUUUUUUUCUCUGAUUUUUUUCCCCUCUCAGAUCUUAUAAGGAAUUAUUUUAAAAGAAGAUAUACGUAGAUUGUCAAAGAGAUGCGAGUUAUUGAGGGUUAUAGUCUGUAUAUUCUAUGGGUAUUAUGAAUUAAACAAUUAACAAAGAAACAGAAUUAUAUACAUAUAAUUAAAUAAAAUUUCCUGAUACUGUUAAA